UUGAGGUGACUCAUCUGGGGGAUUUCGAUUCCCAGUCUGUGGUCCGUCCGGGCCAAUCUGGAGACACCCUGUAAGGUGUCUCAUUUGGAGUGAAACUGAUGCGUAUGCAUGUGAAUGAAGUGGCCGGCCUGAUUGUCUUGUGUGUCGUGGGUGCUGUGUUUGGUUAUUUGUUGUACCGCGCUUGCGUUAACCGCCCUGUGACAAUAGAACAUCAUGGGACAGUCGACCUCAUCCCCAUUGUCCCUCACCCUCGACCAUUGGUCGGAGGUGCGGAAGAGGGCUCACGAUCUCUCCUUGCAGGUCAAGAAGAAUAAGUGGCAGGAUUUCUGCUCGACUGAGUGGCCUACUUUCUCUGUGGGAUGGCCACCAGAGGGGACUUUUCAUCUGCCCCUCAUCCUAGCAGUUAAGGACGUCAUCUUCCGCCCCGGGCAAAGGGGGCACCCUGAUCAGGUCGCUUACAUCCUGGUAUGGCAGGACCUCAGGGAGGAACCCCCAUUAUGGGUAAAACCCUUUCUUCCCCCUUCUGACUCAUCUGUACCAAAGCUUUUAGCUCUGAAGGGACCUCCCACUUCGGCUCCGGUCCUGCCCGAGUCUCAGCCUGAUCUACCUUUACUCGACUAUGACCGGCCUCCUCCUUCCCAGCUGACUCAACCUCCUCCGUACCCACUCUCUCCUCCAGCCUCCUCGUCCGGAUCGAGUGCUGCUUCUCCGUCAGCCCCCUCUUCACCUGAGCUAAAUCCCUCUUCUCCUCCGAUACCCACGUCCCCUCUAUAUCCCCCGCUCCCUGCAAUGGCUUGCCCCGAGCCCACACCUCCGGGGCCCACGGGCCCAGCCCAGAACACUCGGAGUAAGCUACGGCCUGAGGAUCCAGUCGUUACCCUCCUUCUCCGUCCCUAUGGGCCCAUGAUAGACGAUGGGACAGAUGGAGGGCAGAUGCCCGCUUUACAGUACUGGCCUUUUUCUACCUCAGAUCUCUAUAACUGGAAAAACAAUAACCCUCCUUUUUCUGAUGAUCCUUCUAAGCUAACAGGUCUAAUGGAUUCUGUUAUGUUCUCCCACCAACCCACAUGGGACGACUGUCAACAGCUCCUAGGGGUCCUGUUCACCACCGAGGAAAGAGACCGCAUCCUCCUGGAAGCCCGGAAAGCUGUUCCCGGAGAAGAUGGCAGACCCACCCAGAGACCAGACCUGAUCGAUGACUCCUUCCCCUUAAAGCGCCCCAACUGGGACCCCAACUCACCUACUGGUAGGCAGCAUCUUUCUAUCUAUCGCCAGACUCUAAUGGCAGGUCUCCGGGCGGCCGCAAGGCACCCCACUAAUCUGGCCAAGGUAAGAAAAGUUACCCAAGGACCUACUGAGACUCCCUCAGUUUUUCUAGAACGCCUGAUGGAAGCUUACCGGCGAUAUACGCCUUUUAACCCUGAGGAAGAAGGCCGACAAGGCUCGAUAGCUAUGGCCUUCAUAGGGCAAUCGGCCCCCCAUAUAAGACGUAAGCUCCAAAGGCUAGAUGGUCUCCAAGACCUAACUCUGAGGGAUCUUGUUAAGGAAGCUGAAAAAGUCUACUAUAAGCGGGAGACAGAGGAAGAAAAAGAGUUAGCUAGGGACAAAAGACGAAACAAGGAAUUAGCUAAGGUGUUGGCCACAGUUAUUCAGGGAAAACCUGAGCCAGGAAAGGGAAAGCCCACUCGCCCUCCAUUAGACCCUGACCAAUGUGCAUACUGUAAGGAAAAAGGACACCUGAUCAAAGACUGUGAAAAGUUAAAAAAGAAACGGGCCAAAGAAGAACGAGAAAAGCAGUCCUCGCAGCGAUCCCGAGCCCCCAUGCUCGCCCUAGAUGAAGAAGACUAGGGACUUCGGGGCUCGGACCCCCUCCCCGAGCUCAGGGUAAUGUUUAAAGUGGAGGGGACUCCCGUGGAAUUCGAGGUCGAUACGGGAGCUGUUUAUUCGGCCUUACAAGCCCCCUUAGGGGCCCUUUCAACUAAGAAAUCAUUAGUUCAAGGGGCUAACGGGAGCAAAUAUCGCUCGUGGACCACUGAGCGCACAGUUGACUUAGGUAAGGGAAAAGUAAAACACUCCUUUCUGGUUAUUCCUGAAUGUCCUGCUCCCCUCCUGGGACGUGACUUAUUAACCAAACUGGGGGCAAAGAUUUCCUUUGAGCCCCAAGGACCUCAAGUGACAUUCCGUAACCCAAAGGUUGGGCAACCUAUGGUUACGGUGUUAUCUCUAAAACUGGAAGAUGAAUAUAGGCUCUACGACCACCAGGAUCCCCAGCCUAUCGCCCCAGCCUGGCUAACUGAUUUUAAAGAAUCCUGGGCCGAGACGGCUGGACUCGGGCUGGCAAGCCAGCAACCGCCUGUAGUGGUUACUUUAAAAACCACUGCCUCCCCUAUUCGGGUUAAGCAAUAUCCCAUUAAUAGAGAAGCUCACCUAGGGAUUAAGGUGCAUAUACAGAGACUUUUAGACCAAGGGGUAUUAACUCCUUGUCGGCCUGCAUGGAAUACUCCGUUACUCCCGGUCAGAAAGCCCGGGACGAAUGACUACAGACCGGUACAGGACUUAAGGGAGGUCAAUAGCAGGGUGGAGGACAUUCACCCCACCGUACCCAAUCCCUAUAAUCUCCUCAGCGGGUUGAAUCCGUCAAGGACUUGGUACACUGUUCUGGAUUUAAAGGAUGCCUUUUUCUGUUUGCCUUUGCACAAAGAUAGCCAGCCCUUAUUUGCGUUUGAAUGGACGGACCCCGAGACUGGGUCCGCCGGACAACUGACCUGGACGCGCCUCCCACAGGGCUUCAAAAACAGCCCAACCAUCUUCGAUGAAGCCCUACAUAAGGAUUUAGCCCCCUUUCGGGCUCAACACCCAAACCUCACCCUUCUUCAAUAUGUAGAUGACUUGCUGCUGGCUGCGGACUCUGAGGGUGACUGCAAAAGCGGAACUCAGGACCUUUUACGUGAGUUGGCUAUUCUGGGGUAUAGGGCAUCAGCAAAAAAGGCUCAAAUUUGUAAGCGAGAGGUAAUUUUUCUGGGCUACUCCUUGAAAGGGGGAAAAAGAUGGCUCACUGAGGCCAGAAAACAGACCUUGGUCCAGAUUCCCCCUCCAAAGAGUCAAAAACAAUUACGAGAGUUCCUGGGUACCGCGGGGUUUUGCCGGUUGUGGAUCCCUGGAUUCGCAACUUUGGCAGCUCCCCUGUACCCGUUACUGAAGGGGGAAUCUCCCUUUAUCUGGGAAAAAGAUCACCAGCAGGCCUUUGAUGCCAUCAAGCGGGCUCUCCUGUCCGCUCCGGCCCUGGCCCUUCCUAAUGUGGAUAAACCCUUUACUCUCUUCAUUGAAGAAAAGAGAGGAAUAGCGAGAGGAGUACUGACCCAGGCCUUUGGGCCAUGGAGGCGUCCGGUGGCUUACCUCUCAAAAAGACUGGACACUGUGGCAAGCGGGUGGCCACCCUGCCUAAAGGCCAUUGCAGCAGCUGCCUUGCUCAUUAAAGAUGCUGACAAAUUGACUUUGGGACAAAAAAUAACAAUCAUUGCCCCGCAUACGCUAGAAAGCAUCAUCCGCCAGCCUUCAGACAGGUGGCUCUAAAAUGCCAGAGUUACUCAUUAUCAGAGCCUCUUGCUCAACAAGGACAAGAUAACUUUUGGACCCCCGGUGACUCUCAACCCGGCGACUCUGCUGCCGGAAGAAGCUUCGGAACCCGUCCUCCAUACCUGCCAGGACGUCUUGGCAGAAGAGGCCGGAGUACGACCGGACUUAUUGGAUUGCCCCCUACCCAAUGCAGAGGUGACCUACUUCACUGACGGGAGUAGCUUUUUGAUUCAAGGUAAGCGGUAUGCGGGGGCGGCUGUGACUGAUUAUUCCAAUGUUAUAUGGACAGCCAGACUAGAGGACGGGUCCUCGGCCCAAAAGGCCGAACUGAUUGCUUUGACUAAGGCUCUGGAGCUCGCCAAAGGAAAGCGAGCAAACAUUUACACGGAUAGCCGAUAUGCCUUUGCAACGGCCCACAUCCACGGGGCCAUAUACCGCCAGCGGGGGCUUCUGACCUCCGCAGGAAAAGAAAUAAAACACAAACAGGAAAUCCUUCAGUUGCUCGCUGCAGUUAUGUUGCCCCAGAAGGUGGCGAUAAUACACUGUAACAGCCACCAGAAAGGGACUGAUCCCGUCACAAGGGGAAACAACCUGGCCGAUCAGGCAGCAAAAUCUGCAGCCAUGGGAGACUCACAAAUGUUGGUGACUGAUGUCAAAGAUUCUCCUCCAAAGGAGAAAGCUCAGAUUAACCAAACCCCUGAACAAGACUUCCCAGGGGCAUCCCCCACUGCCAUACGUCAGGUCGCCAAUCGGGUUGUGGCUAAUUGUGAGGCAUGUCAAUUGACCAAUGCCUACCCUGCCAAGCUGGCCCCCGGCAAAAGGCUACGUGGCACCAGACCUGGACAAUACUGGGAAGUGGACUUUACAGAAGUUAAGCCUGCCCGAUGCGGACUAAAAUAUCUGCUAGUUUUUGUAGACACCUUUUCUGGAUGGACUGAGGCUUUUCCUACCAAAAAGGAAACUGCUGCCGUGGUAACUAAAAAGUUGAUGGAAGAAAUAUUUCCCCGGUUCGGAUUGCCAAAGGUAAUAGGGUCCGAUAAUGGACCGGCGUUUGUGGCUAAGGUAAGUCAGGGACUGGCCAACAUAUUGGGGAUUGAUUGGAAGUUACAUUGUGCUUAUAGACCCCAAAGUUCAGGACAGGUAGAAAGAAUGAAUAGAACUAUUAAGGAGACCCUCACUAAAUUGGCUCAUGAGACUGGCUUAAAAGAUUGGACGAUGCUCCUGCUGUAUGCCCUUUUUCGCGCGCGAAACACCCCGUCUACCAAACCCCCUAACCUUACUCCCUUCGAAAUCCUUUUUGGCACUCCACCCCCCAUUCGAGAUCUCACUCCCUUAACUGAGCAUGCUGCCUUGUUGCCAACCUCCCUGUCUGACAGGCUCAUCGCCCUUGACAAUCUACAGAGGGACGUGUGGACGCAGCUAGCCUCGGCCUAUGCUCCCAGUGAGUUCCCCGCGCCACAUCCGUACCAGGUGGGAGACUUUGUGUUCGUCCGGCGCCACCAACAAGAGACUCAACAGCCUCGCUGGAAAGGACCGUACCAGGUCCUAUUGACUACUCCUACAGCGGUAAAGGUUGACGGAGUCGCCUCUUGGAUCCACGCGUCACAUCUAAAGCCUGCUUCAGCGCCAGAGGACGACUCCUGGGAACUCAAACGGUCUGAUAACCCCUUAAAACUUAAGCUGAGCCGAAAGACUCUUUGA